GCUUGAAUUCUCAACCAUUCACCUUCAGAAACAAAAAUCGAAAACAAUAAGAAAUUCCUUCUUCUUUUAAUCUUUGGGGUGCCGUAGCCAUGGCGGUGCCGUUAAAUUCCGGCCGCUUCUUUUCAAUUCCUCCGAUAAACGGCCGUAGAAUUUACAGAGUGACCGCCGUGGUGGUGGCUGCUUCGGCGGAAGAGAAAGUGAAGUUGGGCGGUUCUGAACUGAAGGUAACCAGGCUUGGUAUUGGAGCUUGGUCUUGGGGUGACAUCUAUUGGAACAGCCUUGAUUGGGACGAUAGGAAGCUGAAGGCUACUAAAGCUGCCUUCAACGCCAGUGUUGACCAUGGCAUUACCUUCUUUGACACUGCUGAAAUCUAUGGCGCCUCAUAUACUUUAGGUGCUGUAGAAUCAGAAACUCUUUUAGGAAGAUUCAUUAAAGAAAAGAAGGCAAAGGAUCCGGGAGUUGAUGUCACAGUGGCUACAAAAUUUGCAGCAUUACCAUGGAGGCUAGGUCGUCGAAGCGUGAUAUGCGUCCUUAAGGACUCCCUCGCUCGCCUCGGACUUGCGUCGGUCGACCUAUAUCAACUUCAUUGGCCUGGAAUAUGGGGAAAUGAAGGGUAUAUUGAUGGUCUUGGAGAUGCUGUUGAGCUGGGACUUGUGAAGGCCGUUGGUGUUUCAAAUUACAGCGAAAAGCGACUUCGAGAAGCUCAUGAGAAAUUGAAGAAACGAGGUAUUCCACUGGCUUCAAACCAAGUGAAUUAUAGCCUUAUAUACAGAUUACCAGAAGAGAACGGUGUGAAGGCCGCCUGCGAUGAACUUGGAAUCACCUUAAUUGCAUAUUCGCCUAUUGGGCAAGGCGUUCUCUCGGGAAAGUACACUCCUACAAAUCCUCCAACUGGUCUUCGAGGUCAAAUCUACACUCCACAGUUCUUAACAAAGCUCGAACCGCUACUAAACCGGAUCCGGGACAUAGGACAAACCUACAACAAAACAUCCACACAGGUAGCGCUUAAUUGGCUAAUAGCACAAGACAACGUGGUGCCCAUCCCCGGAGCCAAAAAUUGAUAGCAAAGUUCAUGAUUCAAAAUAAAAUUGUAACAAUUCAAGCCCACCGCUAACAAAUAUUAUCCGUUUUGAUUUGUUACG